GAAAAAACUGCUUCACCAUAAACUUUAUGAUGGCCUCAGCAAAAGAAGGUACCUACGACUGGGCUGUGGCACUAAUACGGUCAUAUCUGUCAAUCUUCGGUCUGUGGAUAUACCCAAACUGUUCAACAUUACAGAGACGAUGUUCAUACUUACCAAUUUGUGUCCUUAACUGUUAUUUAUUUAUAUGUGUCAUUAUCCCGGAGAUGUGGGCGCUGUACCGGAUUCGAAGAGAUAUGGAGCUGGUGAUUGGUAAUCUGAUGGUUUCCUUGACUUUUUACUUGUCCAUUUUCAAAACAUUCUUCCUUCUCUACAGAAGAGAAGAACUGAGACAAUUCUUCGAUAGAAUUGAGGAAGAUUGGAACGCUUAUAUGACCGAAAAUGAGAGAGAAAUAUUGACGAAACGUUGGAAACUGAUACGAUACAUUUCUGUUUCUGCUUUUAUAAUCGCACUUGUUCUCUCACUGACCCAUAACUCCACGGUUUAUUUCAACUUUGUGGUGAGAGUUUUAACAAAUCUCACUGAUACCAUACCUGGAAGGCCUCUAGUAUUCUCGAGUGUCUAUCCCUUUGACACCCAGCCAUCACCUCGAUACGAACUCAUGGUAUUCGCUGAACAGUUGGAAGGUACUCUAGCUUGCAUUACAGCUAUCAUACCUGAUGUACUCUAUGCUGCAUUUGUAUUCCAUACUUGUGGUGAAUUAGAGAUACUUUCCAGUAGAAUUGAAGGAGUCAGUGAAAAUAGGUCUGAAAAUUUCAAUCAGUUUUUGAAAUCGUCUGUGACUCAUCAUCUUCGAAUAAUCAAAUUGGUGGAGAAUAUUGAUAAUUUAUUCAAUGGAUUUAUACUGCUACUUAUCCUCUAUUUCACCCUCGUUUUUUGUUCACAAUCAUUUAUGGCGAUGACAGUGACUGCUCGAAGUGGUAACAAAGACGAAAUGGUUUUGAAGUUGAUAUUCUUCAUGUGCUAUACAAGUUAUUUGAUGUUCUUAACCUUCCUGUACUGUUGGGCAAGUGAAGCUCUUUCUGGGAAAAGCGAGUAUAUUCGCAUCGCAACUUACAAUUGCAAUUGGAUUGACCUUCCACCGAAUAAGGCCAUCUUACUUCGUUUGAUUUCCCUUCGAUCACAAAGACCUUUGGGAGUUACCGCUGGAAAAAUUCUCCCAGUGACUCUGAAUACAUAUGCUAAGCUCCUAAAAACAUGUGGUGGCUAUGUAUCGAUGCUCCUUUUUUUAUUCUUUUUGGUUUUAUGUAUUUUAUUCAGAACAUUAUUUCUUAUCGUGAAAGACGUGAAUCGUUAUGUUAUUUUUAACGAAUAUGUUUUUCGCUCACUGGGAAGGGCUCAGCCCUUCGGAGAUGGUGGGUCUACCUCCAUAACCAGAGUUUGCAAAGUCCAGAUCACCACAAAUUCGACAAUGGCUCCAGGGAGAGAGGGAACCUACGACGGUGCAGUUGGACUAAUACGCUCCAGUCUAUCAAUUUGUGGCCUAUGGACGUACCCGAACAGUUCACUGCUACGGAGGAUAUGUUCAUAUCUACCAAUUUGUUUCAUAAAUUUUUAUUUGUUCGUAUGUGUGGUGAUACCACAGUUGUGGGCUCUGUACAGAAUUCGCAGAGACAUGGAGCUGGUGAUCGGUAAUCUCAUGGUCUCCUUGACAUUCUGCCUGUCCAUCAUCAAAACAUUUUUUCUGCUCUUCAGAAGAGAAGUUUUGGGAAAGUUCUUCGAGAAAAUUGAGGAAGAUUGGAGGUCCCAGAUGACGGAGAAUGAGAGAAACAUAUUAAUCAACCGUUGGAGACUGAUCCAGAAGCUCUCAAUUUCGGCGUUUAUCAUGGCAAUAGCUCUACCCAUUGCUCACAACUCUUGUGUAUAUUUCAAUUUUGUCGUUAGAGUGAUAACUAAUCUCACGGAUAUAAUUCCUGGGAGGCAAUUAGUGUUCUCCAGCGUAUAUCCGUUUGACUUUCAAGCAUCUCCUCGAUACGAACUCAUGGUAUUUUUUGAGCAACUGGAAGGUAUUCUAACUUGCACUACAGCUAUUAUUCCUGAUGUCUUGUACGCGACAUUCGUGUUCCAUGCUUGUGGUCAACUGGAGAUACUCUCCAGCAGGAUCGAAGAAGUUGAUAAAAAUAGCGUUAAAAAUUUCAAUCACUUUUUAAAAACCUCCGUAGUUCAUCAUCUUCGAAUAAUCAAAUUUGUGGAAAACAUUGAUAAUUUAUUCAACGGAUUUAUAUUGCUCCUCAUUCUCUAUUUUACGUUAGUCUUUUGCUCUCAAGCAUUCAUGGCAAUGACAGUAACAGCUCGAAGUGGUAAAAAAGAUGAAAUAAUUAUGAAAUUGUUAUUUUUCGCAUCCUAUACCAGCUAUUUGAUGUUCUUAACAUUUCUCUAUUGUUGGGCAAGUGAAACACUCUCGACAAAAAGUGCAGGAAUUCACAAUGCAGCUUACAAUUGUGAUUGGAUUAAUUUACCACAUAAUAAAGCACUAUCACUUUGCAUGAUUAGUCUUCGUUCGCAAAGGCCGCUUGGAGUUACUGCUGGGAAAUUUUUACCCGUUACUUUGAAUACAUAUGCUAAGCUGCUAAAAACAUGCGGCGGCUACGUUUCAAUGCUCCUUGCUAUGCAUAGUUAAUUUCCAAUUUGAAUUUGACGUGGAAAACUUUCAUUGUCCGUUAAAUAGUAAUUUAAAUGUCAUAGGACAAUUCCACGAAGUGACCACUGCUGAAUAAUGAAGCAUCUCCGCCAGCAGCUAUCAUUUCUGAUUGUACUGUGAUCAGUUUAAAGUCAUUAUAGAACUUCUGUGUUUUUGUUUCUAUAGAUUUUAAACCAUAUAACGAAAUUAUAAUAAAUCAAAUUACAAUAAUUAUACAUCUAUGAAGGACUCGACUGGUCAUGAAAUUGUUCUAAAUGGACUGUGGACGGGUUAAUGGGAAUAAUUGAUUUACUGAGUCAGUCAAUAGCUGGAAAAACGUCUAUUCUCUUCACA